AUGGCCGCUAAAGCUGCAUGCGCGGACGAUGUGAACAAAGUACUGGCACAUAUGGAGACAGAUGUACCAGUAGAUAAAGAACAAAGACAUCGUGUUACAUCUACAGCGUCAGUCGUAACCUCUUGUAUCCCUUGUGACUCUUGUAAAGAAGAUAACUCAUCAUUUAAGUUGCAUCGACGAGAGCAAAGAACCACGUGUGGCAAAAGUCGAAGUGAAAAAGAAGCGUUAAGAAAGCGAAUAUACCAUCAAAAGAUUAAGGAUGAGCGUAAUACACUUCGCAAGACAGUCCAUGACUUGACACUGAAGUUAGAAGAGCUCAAGCAACGUAAAGUGACAAAUAACUUUGGAUUGAAACAUACAAUAUGGCAAGGAGUGGCCGUUGAAGAGCGAGAGAAGCUAUUACGAUCAAAAGCAGAACAGAAACAACUUUUAGCAGUGGCAAAAAGCAAAGCUUCAUGUAUUAUGGAGCUCUGUAAACACGUGGCAGGUCCAGUAAGAACGGAAAUUUCACUCCAUGGGUCGAUUGCUAGUAAGAGUACAAACGUUGUGAAUCUUCCAGCCAUUCCACCGUUUGAUUAUACAAUGUUUCGGGGUCAUUUACGACGGGUACAUGAAGAAUAUACCCAGACAGAUUCUGUCCUGAACUUUGAAGACAUGGCUGAUGGCGUUGUUACAAUUUGCAAACGACGUGAUAGUGACAAUGAAAUUGAAUAUUUUGAACGUAGACAAAAGUUUUCCGAGCCUUUUAGUUAUGCUCGCACACAGCAAACGAUGUGGAAAUUGGGAAAACUCUAUCAUCGACAACAAAAUCGAGAGGAUUUUGGAGAAGUAGCAGGAUCUGAUGAUAUUAGUGUCAUUCGAUAUCGUGUUCUCCGGACAUUACCAACAGGAUUGACCGUCUCAAUUAUUAAACGGUAUGUUGCGCGCCGGUUUGUGGAAAACAAACGUACUGUAUAUGUCUGGAAAACACAUUCAGAAGGAGAAGGAGUCUUUUGUGGUAUGCACUCGGAUGAGACUGGAUGGAUUCGAAUUCAGCCUGGAGUGGAUGAAAAUGUGACGGAUGUCUUAAGUUGUGUUCGUCAAGUACCAUUACAGUUUGGAAUCUCGACAUUUCAAGUCAAAGAUUUUCAUGAUCUCUUGCAAAGCUCUGUCCAUGAAGACAUGACAGAGAUACUAAAUUCGCUGAAUAAAGAGUUGUUGGAAGAUACGCUCGCUGGUAUAGACAUUUGA